AUGUCGGACCAACUCCUAUCCCCGACUUCGAUCCACCCAGCCCUCAGUAAUCCGGCCGCGCUUCCGCCAUUGCAAAAGUCCGAGGGAUCGAAGAUCAGUAAUAAUAAUAACCUACAUGACCGCCCCAGAACUUCAUCAUCAACUUCUUCCGGUCCUACUUUGACCACCUCCAUACCCUACCCGCCUUCCCUGCAACACCUGUCUCUGGACGAAGCAAAACAAAACCUUCGAUAUGUCGAUCACAACCAACCCAUCUCGUUAUCAGCUGCUCUCGUAGGGGGAGACUCCGAAGACUCCGACCCCAGCCCCUACGCCAAAGGUCACCGGAAGAACUCCCGCUCCAUCGAGUCUAUUCCUCGACAGACUCUUUUCAAGGCUCUAGCCUCGUCAGUCACACGCAACAACAAGCCAGAGGCCCUAUCCCUGCCCAGCAUGCUAUCAGCCUCGCAACCCAGCGGUGCCGACGCCCAACGCGGCACCUCAUCCUCCCAAUUGUGUGAUGCCCUCAACGAUCUUGCGCAGCGUACCCUCACACCUACCACAGCUUUCCCCGCUUUGCAGUCGCCAUGUUUCUAUCACCAACGCUUCGAUGGCAUCGUCGACAUCGACAAGGUCCUGGAGGAAAUCAAGAACGACGAGUGGAUGUCCCAUUCACGCCUGGUCCAGACUGCGACCGGAGUCCGUGAGGUGUCCAAGCAGCUGCAGAGGAGGCCGAUCAAGCGGGCAGUGCGGAACGUCAUGAUUGUGACCAAGGCGAGGGACAACCAGCUGGUUGUCUUGACUCGCGAACUGGCGCAGUGGCUACUCAGUACGCCUCGUUACGGGUCAGAUCUCGGUGUUAACGUCUAUGUGGACGCAAAGCUCCGGAACUCUAAACGGUUCAAUGCCCAAGGGCUGGUUGACGAGAACCCUCGUUUCCAACACAUGCUCAAGUACUGGACGCCGGAUCUGUGCUGGAGCCAGCCCGAGAAAUUCGACCUUGUCCUGACCCUGGGAGGCGAUGGCACCGUGCUCUUCACCUCAUGGCUCUUCCAGAGGAUAGUCCCGCCAGUGCUCUCUUUCAGCCUGGGCAGCUUGGGAUUCUUGACGCCAUUUGCCUAUGACCGUUUCAAGGAACACCUGAGUCGCGUGAUGGGAGAUGAUGGCAUGAAAAUCAACCUUCGGAUGCGAUUCACGUGUACGGUGUACCGGAACGGGCAGCAAGGUCGUGAGUUGGAGGAGGGAGAGCAGUUCGAGGUCCUCAACGAGCUCGUCAUUGAUCGUGGCCCGUCACCCUACGUCUCCAACUUGGAGCUUUACGGAGACAAUGAGCUUUUAACGGUUGUCCAGGCGGAUGGCUGCAUCUUUUCCACGCCGACUGGAUCAACCGCGUAUUCUCUCUCUGCAGGCGGUUCCCUUGUCCACCCGGACAUUCCUGCCAUCCUCCUCACACCCAUCUGCCCACACACGCUCUCCUUCCGGCCCAUGGUCCUCUCCGACACGAUGCUUCUGCGCGUAACUGUGCCCCAAAACUCUCGCGCCACGGCCUAUUGUGCCUUCGACGGCAAGGGACGUGUGGAACUCAGACAGGGCGACUGCGUCACCAUCACGGCAUCUCAGUACCCUUUCCCCACCGUCAACCGCACCGACACUGAGUGGUUUGACUCUGUCUCCCGGACCCUGCGGUGGAAUGUCCGUGCAGCGAUGCAGAAGGGCUUCGACACUGGCAGCGCCAACGGCAGCGAGGCGUGCGACGAUGGUGAGGGCGAAUGGGACAUCGACACGGACUCCGCUUGCUAUGCUUCCGAGGAAGGCAGUGCUGCGGCGAGCCCAUUGAGGAGGCAAAUGAGCCUUCUGGGGAUGUAG